AGCGCAUGGUCUCGCCGUCAGCGGCGCUGCGCGCCUCCCAAUGGGUAUCGCUCGGCUUCUCGACAGGCAUGCUAUACUUUCCGACCAAGAUGAUGGAGGCUUACAAGGCCGAGACGUUUGAGGGUGACGCGGCUACUCUAUUCACUUUUGCGCUCGGCAUCUUCGGGCUGCAGCUCUUUCUCAGCUCGAUGAUGGCCGCAGCCAUGGCGCGGGACGCUGUGCCAAAGCACGUCCAGUCGCUCUCCUGCUUCUGCCAGGGCCUCGGCUGGCUCUUCUUCGCUCUCAACGACGGCGCCCUCUACGCGCGCGGCCUGUGGCCGCACGCGAUGCCGCCCGAGUCGCUGCAGGUCAACCUCGGCAUCUUUGUGGCCCUCGCGGCAAUCUGCUUCUCCGGGUGGGCGGAGGGUGGGUACGAGGUGCCCGACAUGGGCGUCCUCCCCGAAGGGCGGCCCGCGCUGCCGCUCGUCGUCGCGUGCGCCAACCUCCUCUUCUUUGGUGUCGGCUGCGCCUUCUUCACCGAAGCGUUUGUGGACCUGUUCCUGCCCGGCGUGCUGCAGUCGCUGCCCGCGCCGACCACGUCCGCCCGCGGCUUCUUCUCCACCAAGGAGGUGCCCGCCGGCCCUCUCGAGGGGGCGCCGCCCCUCCUCCUCCUCAUCUUUGCCAACGCGGGCAAGUGCAUCCUCGUCAACAUUGCGAGCCUGCUCUCGAUCGCAUCCGUCGGAGACGAGACAGUGGCCUACCGCCUCCUGCGCGUCGUCUCGCUGGCAAACGUCUUCUACCUCGGCAUGUUCUCGCGCGAGGGCGUGCUCGCCGUCGCCACCGGCUGGCCGUCCCCCAUGCGCCUCUCCACCUUUGUGCAGUGCUUCGGCACCACGUACUAUUGCUGCGCCUCCUUCGCGGGCAUGCCCUUCACCCUCCUCCAGGAGGGCCGCAAGGCAAAGUGACGAGGCGGCGGCGAGGGGCCGCACCCUACUAGAGGGAGGCGAGGCGGCCCGAGGCCAGCGGGCCGUCCCGGCGGCGUAUAACACGGGCGCCGAGUGGGCGGCUCGGGCGGGCGCCCCACGAGAGGCGAGCAGAGGCACGCGAACGGCGGCCCCGCGACCCGUGUCAUGUGUCAACCCACGGCGCUCCUACCACCUCGGACGUGCGCAUCUCGACACACACACACGUAGAUCAAUCCCAUGCUCCAUGCCGCAUUGUCGAUGGACGAUGGUCGAUGCGCACACACCUUGCACGUUGCUGCCCCGGGGGCCCAGUUUCGCUCGCGUGUUGUUGACACACGACUGCGUCUGCGCCACUCACAUGUCGCACUGACCCCCACACCCCACUCUGUGUGCGGUACGUCCUGCCUGUGGAGAGUAAUCUAAUAAAACAAUUGGACUUUGGAG